AUGUUUACUACUGCUGAAAUCAAGGAAUGUCUAACAAAGGCCUUUUCAUCUUUGCAGGAAAAUGUCUACAAUGCUGUUGAAAGGAAGGUGGUGAAGAAGGAGAAACCUGUGACGAAAGCUAGUUCGAAUACCGCUUCUAAGCCAACUACCUCUUCGAGCCAGGGAGCUCCUUUUGCCAAGGAUGAUGCUCCAGAAAAAACAAAGAAGAGUUCAAAGGGUAGUGGCAAGCCUCCUCUAACGCCAAAGAAAAGAAAAGUCCCAACUGAAAAUGAAAAACCUACCACUCCCCUCAUCUCUACUGCCAAUCAGAGUGAUCCUUCGAGCGGUAUGAAUCCAUCUCCUCCUCUGACAAUCAGCGGUGUUGUUCAAAACAAAGGAUCUUCGACUGGAGCACAAAAUCUCGAAGAAGAUAAUGUCCAGAACGAACAAGAGACCUCUUCUCCUGGUGAAGAUGGUAAAAAAGACUCGAAGCAAGCUGAAGAGAAGGAUUCAGAAGAGAAAGAAGAUUCUGAGGAUACUUCCAGUAACUCUCCUCCAAGAGUUACGUUCCCUUCAGAUUACGCUGACGAAGAUGAUCAGGAUUCUGAUGAUAUUGAGGGGUACUUUUAG